GAGUCUCGCCAGCCUCCCCUCGUUUGGGUCAGCGCUCAGCAGCAUCUGUCUUCACCACAGUCCACAGUCAGAGCGCGCAGUAUGGAUCCGUUACGCGUUUAUGCACCGUGGAGUCCUCUUUGGCACGGAUGGAUUCGUGACACGCGCGUCUGACUCGGUGGUGCGCAGGCAGAGACUUCAAGAAAUCAUAACUCUCUGUUUGUCUUACAUGUAGAAGGGAGGAGAGGAUUACUGUUACUCGGGGAGACUUUAUUUACGCUCCGCUCCGAAGCGCACACACACUAUUUGGGACUUGUGUGUGUUUUCUAACAGGAUAUCAUUCACCGCAUCUACAUUUUGUGUGUUUACUAUAUGAGGAUACUUCUCCGGGACCAUGGGAGACUCCGUGUUUCUCGACAGGCAAAAUUCCUAUCUUGGUGAUUUCACCUGGAGCAGCCUGUCGGGGCGGAGCGUGCGUCUGACGCCAGUUGCCAUCCAGAGCCUGUCGGAGCUAGAGAGGGCCAGGCUGCAGGAGGUGGCGUACACACGUUUACAUCAGGACUACGACCUGGGAUGUCAGAUCACCAUUCCAAAAGAUGGACAGAAGAGGAAAAAGUCGCUGAGGAGGAAGUUGGACUCUCUCGCAAAGGAGAAGAGUAAAGAUAAAGAGUUUAUACCCCAAGCCUUCAGUAUCCCGCUCUCCCUGGUCAUCGCGAAUGACAGGACACACCGGCAGCGUCAGGACGGCUAUCGUCAGGAUCACCCACAGCGCGAGGAGCACAAAGACUCCUCCGACCUCGUCUCAUCCAUUUUACAGUUUGCUACCAAGCGUUCGUCCAAUAAGGAGUUAUCCAGCAGUAACUCAUCGCUGAGUUCGACAUCCGAAACGGCCAACGAAUCAACAUCACCCAACACUCCCGAAGCUGCACCGCGAGCCCGCAGGAGGGGAGGCAUGUCAGUGGACUCCAUCACUGACCUGGACGACAACCAGUCGCGCCUGCUGGAAGCACUGCAGCUCUCUCUGCCGGCCGAAACGCCGAGUAAAAAAGAGAAGCACCGGGACAAAAGGCUAAGCCUCAACCCCAUCUACCGUCAGGUGCCCCGGGUGGUUGACAGCUGCUGUCAGCACCUUGAGAAAUAUGGUCUGCAGACUGUGGGGAUCUUCAGAGUGGGCAGCUCCAAGAAAAGAGUCAGACAGCUACGAGAUGAGUUUGAUCGCGGCAUCGACGUCCAGCUGGAUGAAGAGUACAGUGUUCACGAUGUGGCUGCCCUGCUGAAGGAGUUCCUCAGGGACAUGCCUGACCCUCUCCUUACCAAGGAGCUCUACACUGCCUUCAUCAACUCCACAUUGUUGGACCACGAUGAGCAGCAGAGUGUUGCUCAGUUAUUGGUCUAUUUGCUACCAGCAUGCAACAGUGACACGCUCCAUCGCCUUCUGGACUUCCUGUCCACCGUUGCUGCUCAUGCCCAUGACCAGCGGGCCAAAGACGGUCAGGAGAUCACAGGGAACAAGAUGACGUCCUUAAACCUGGCCACCAUCUUUGGCCCCAACCUUCUCCACAAGCAGAAGAGCUCGGAUAAAGAGUUCAGCGUGCAGAGCUCGGCCCGCGCGGAGGAAAGCACGGCCGUCAUCGCUGUACUGCAGAGGAUGAUCGCCAGCUACCAGACACUCUUCAUGGUGCCUCCUGAUCUGCAAAAUGAGGUAUUGAUGAGUCUGUUGGAGACUGAUCCUGACGUGGUCGACUACCUAUUGAGGAGAAAAGCAUCGCAGAGUCCUGACCUGCUACAGUCAGAAGAGUCCUUCACCCUGAGCGAGCGCCACUCCUCCAGUGACUCCAACAAGGUGUCGAGUGGCGAGGUGUCCCCGUAUGACAACAACUCGCCGAUACUGAGCGAGCGCAGGGGAGAACCGGGCAUCAAGCAGCAUUUCCAUGUGCCAGAGCAGUUCACUGUGCUGGGGCAGGUGGGCAGCUGGAGCAGAGAGUCUGGAACAGCUGAUCCACGUGGUAGCAAAGACUCGAUAUCUGAGGAGCAUGCUAACAUUUGGGGGACGUGGCACAGCACUCUGAAACCAAUACAAAAGGACCAGUCUUACACAGGUUCCCAUGGCAACAUGUCAGAGGGAAGCUCCCGCAGCUCACAGGAAGGUCUCGACGGACUCCAUGGCGAUGGCAGGCACCAGGCAGCGGUGCAGCAGACUCUGACGGCACCCGGCAUCACAGAGUGCAGACCCCACCCCCCCGUCACCAGAGUGUGUGCCAGCCCUCACGCGGAACACUUACAGCGGAACAUCAGCCCAUCUGCGACAUCACAUCUCAACAGCACGCAGAGCCUCCAGCGGGCAGGCGGACACAGAAUUAACACCAGACACCAAGGUGGGGCGAACACUGCCGACGGAGAACCCGGCGCGCUUGGCGAAGGCCGCUUUCCGCCCCCUUAUAACGCCCACCAUCGACUGGCUAUUUCUCAAAGUUCACCUCAGCUGGCUGGGGCUCAGCGGCCCCCUCUGCAGCAUGGCAGGUCAAGCACAGUACAGAGUCAUUCAGCCUCAGCAACAGACGGCCACAUGGUGCCGCAGAGCCCGGAGUGGCAGGACUGGCAGAGGGACCGUUGGCAGAUCUGGCAACUGCUGUCCUCAGACAAUGCUGACACACUGCCUGAAACGCUGGUGUGAACGCACACCGCGGACUCACACUCUGCCAACGUGCGCAUCAUCAAUUGACAAUCCUCAUCAAGCGCCCUCCGCUUGUCCCUCGCCUUGCCCUUUCAGCCAUGGAUUUCAUCCUUUUCAUGAAACCUCCCCCGUGUGUCUCCGGCAUCUAUAGCGCCAUGGCGUUGUUGUUUACAUGUGCAGCUGCGGCCUUAUACCGAUUUGUACAUCCAGAAGCCACUAGUAUUUCUUCUUUUGUAUGGAUGUUCAAAGGUUGCUCCUGUUGCCAGCUCGUCUCUUAUGUCCAUAAUGAAAAAAAAAAAAAAAAAAUAAAAAAAAUGCCCAUCAGAAAUACCUCAAAAAACUCUCUCUUUGACACAUUUUCAGAACAAUGCCAUGUCCACAUCUGCUUUUCUGAGAACGUUUGAUCCUUGUACAUUGGGACGGCACCGUUUCUUUACUUUGUUAUAUUUUAAUGUCGAAUUUUUUAAACAAUUCACCAUUAAAAUAAGAUGUACGCAUUAGUAUUUGCUGCUAUGUGUGGACCUUAUUGUGUGCGUUCAGCCACAUCCGUCUCAAAUGUUGAUUUACUUUUCAGCAUCAAAUUCUUUGACUGUAUAUAUAUAUAUAUAUAUAUAUAUAUAUAUAUAUAUAUA